AAUUACUAUAAGUUUUGAUGAGGCGAUAUCUGGAGUUGCCUGUGAUCUUGAUUCUCGUGGCUUUCAUGUAUUGUGUAAUGCCACUGAAGAGGUGGUAGGGCAUGUAAAAAACCCUACUCUAUCACUGGUAGUUUGCCACUCAUACGAGAAUUGCAGGAGGAGGGUUUUGAUGUUCAAACUGCAGGCUAUGGCUUAA